AUGGAUUUUCUACAUUAUACAAAUGAAAUUUUUAUUGGAUUUGAUGUUUUUUUUUUUUAUGGUAUUUCGAACGAUAUAGACGAAUCCCAACAACGAAAUUCUUCAUCGACAUUUCAUUUUGGUAAACGAAAAUCUAGUUUAAGACGAAUUCUUAGAAAUCCUGUUCGACGUCUUAGUUUAAAAGAUACUAGUACUAGUAAAGAUGUUAAAACACCAGAUGCACAAGAUUUAAUACCAACUUCUACAUCGAUUACAUCAACAAGUAGUGGUAAUGGUAUAUCUGUUAAUAAAAGACAACCAUUAUCUUCGAACUCUACAGCAUCAAGAAAGGUCAAGGCAUUCACAUUUAUAAAUACUGACGACAUGACAUCAUAUCCUGAUAAUUCGAAUUCUGUCAAUAAAUCAAUUGGUAAUGGUGAUGUAAAUGAUAUUUAUAAAAUGACUGAAUCAUCUUCUUCACCAUCAACUGUCAAGACAAUUAUUUCCCAAAAGAAUAAUUUAGAAAACGAUAUAAUCGAAACACCAUCAUCAUUCGAUAUUCAAUUCCAACAUACAUCAUCUACUGAUACAAAUAUUGAUUCUUUACCAGCUGUAAUUGUAAGAAAAUUGGUCAAUACACUUGCACUGGAGUCAUCCAGAAGUCAUAGUGGUGACCUUUCAUCACGUUUACGUAAAACUCGUGCACCUCCAUUAACAUCGAUAAGUCCUAUUGAAGAUGAUUCUGUUAUUGCUCGACUUGUUCAGCAUGUUGCACCUAUUAAUAUUGUUUCUGGUCUUACAGCAAGCGAUUUUCAAAUCCCAACUGCCUUGUCAGUAACAACACCAACUACUGAUGAUACUUCAACGAUUAGUUUACCAUCAUCAUCAACAAUAACUGUGAUUCCAAAUGAUAGUCCAAGUGAACAAACAGAUGAAAUAUCUUUAAAUGAUGCUGAUCAAACAACACUAUCAUCUCUAACAACAACAACAACAGCUGAUGAACCUGUUGUUGAUGCUCGAACUAAAUAUGGUGCAAAAAGAAGACAUAAUAUAAUGGAAUUAAUUGAAACAGAAAAAGAAUAUGUCAAAGAUUUAGCAUUAAUUGUUGAGGGUUAUAUGAAUGUUAUUGAAAAUGAUAAAGAUAUUAAAAAACCAACGGGUCUUAUAGGCCGUGAACGUGUUGUUUUUGGUAAUGUACAAAGAAUAUAUGAAUUUCAUCGAGAUACUUUUUUACCACAACUUGAACAAUGCAUCGAAAAUCCCAAUACUCUUGGUCGAUUAUUUACUACAAAUCGAUUUAGUCCUUAUGUAAGAUAUUGUGAAAAUAAACCACGUUCGGAAUAUCUUGUUUCAGAAUAUCAUGAUUAUUUUGAAGAAAUUCGUAAAAAACUUGGUCAAAAAUUACUUGUAUCUGAUUUAUUAAUAAAACCUGUACAACGAAUAAUGCGUUAUCAAUUAUUAUUAAAAGAAAUUCUUAAAUCAACAGAACGUAUGGGUGAUGAAUCACGUGCUAUACGUAGUGCUUUACAAGUUAUGAUUGAAGUACCACAACAAGCUAAUGAUAUGAUGAAUGUUGGUCGAAUAAAAGAUUUACCAACAAAUGUACAUCAAUUAGGUGAACUUAAAUUACAAGAUAUGUUAUCUGUUAGUGAUCCAAUAUCAUCAAAAGAUUCAAAAGAUAUUGAAAAAAAAUUUAAAGAACGACGAGUAUUUUUAUUUCAACAAUCAAUGAUAUUUUGUGAUGAAAUACCAGCUAAAGAUAAAUAUUCAAGUCCAAAUUAUACUUAUAAAUAUGAACUUAAAAUUAAUAAAUUACAACAUAAAGAAUUUAAACGUAAUAAAGAAUUAUUUCAAUUUACAUUAGUCGAAGUUGAUGCUGGUAAUACACGUCGAGUUAUGUGUCAAUGUAAAGAUGAUGAACAAUAUGAAUUAUGGGUCACUAAUGUAAACAAGGUGCUUCAACGUCAGAUGGAUCUUAUUAUAGCUCUAACUAAUCCAACAGCUGCUCUACAAAAAGAGUUAUUAACAUGGGAAAUACCUGAAUGGAGACAAGCAAGUCGUCGAUGUUUUACGACUGGUCAUGCUGAUGUUAUUGUUUCACCGCAGUCAAAUCUUUAA